AUGGCGCAAGCAAGCUUUGCGGUUCUGAUUUUGGCCUUGAUUGCGGGCUCCACAUUGGCUUUGUCUCCCGAUUCCACCCCAGCAUGGUCUCCAGCGUAUCCACCCAGUACUGCAAGUACUCCACCACCGUCGUCAUCGAUUCCUACUGCUCUAACACCGUCUCCAAAAGCGGAACCUCCGGCGUCGUCUCCAUUGGCCCAUUCUCCAUCUCCGAAGGCCGCUCCUCUUCCGCCUUCGCCACCGCCCCGUGAUUCGUCUCUUUCUCCUUCUCCUUCUCCUUCUCUUUCUCUUUCUCCUUCCUACUCCCCUUCUCUUCCUUCACCGUCUACUACUCCGUUGCCGGCGAGUCCUCCCACAUCGAUCGCAUCUCCACCGUCUGAAGCGCCUUCCCCUGCACAAAGCGGCGCUGUCUCGAACAGAUUGGCAGUCUCUGGUUCCCUGGCCGUCGCUCUCCUCGCCGCCGCUCUUGUUGUUUAA